GAACGACAACGCGCCCCCGGAGGGGCCCUUCCCCUGGGGGGGCCCGAAGACGGUGGUGCUGCGGAAGAGCACGCAGGGGGGGUUCGGCUUCACCCUCCGCCACUUCAUCGUCUACCCCCCCGAGUCGGCGGUGCACUCCCCGGCCAAGGAGGAGGAGAAUGGGAACCGAGCAGGUCCCCCGCGGAGCCGCCUGGAGCCCAUGGACACCAUCUUCGUGAAGAACGUGCGGGAGGACGGGCCGGCGCACCAGGCCGGGCUGCGCACCGGGGACCGGCUGGUCAAGGUGAACGGGGAGAGCAUCAUUGGGAAAACCUACUCGCAGGUCAUCGCCCUGAUCCAGAACAGUGACGAUGUGCUGGAGCUCUCCAUCAUGCCCAAGGACGAGGACAUCCUCCAGCUGGCGUACUCGCAGGAUGCCUACCUGAAGGGCAACGAGCCGUACUCCGGCGGGGCGCAGAGCAUCCCCGAGCCCCCUCCCAUCUGCUACCCACGCAAGACGUACCCCUUCCAGGCGCGGGGUGCUGAGCCGCCCCUAGGCCAGCCUCCGGACCCCCGUGCCCACCGCCCCGCCGGCCCCUCGUCCCCGCUCAGCACGGCCGCGCUCGCCGGCACCCGCAGCGAGGCGGGUGGCAGCCCCGCACACCGCCCCGAGGAGCCGCAGCCCGGGGGCCCCCCGCAGCGCCCCGCCGUGCCCCACGGGCGCCCCGGCUCCUUCUCCCGAAGCGGCUGCCCCAGCUCCAGCGCAUCCUCUCUGCCCGAGCGUUAUGGGGUCCCCCCCGCCGCCUCCUCCUGCUACGGGGGCCCCAAGCACCUCGCGGAGCACCGGACUCACUGCGGCUUCAAGGAGGGCGGCGGGGGCCCGCGGGUGCCGGGGCGGCAGGAGUGCCAGCAAGCUCUGUCCCGCUGGUUCUGCAGCCAGGAGCCGCGGCGCAGCACCUCGGAGGAGCGCCGAUACGCCAUGCCGCCCCGCUACCGCAGCGUGUCCCAGGACCGGCUGGGGGGCUCGGCGGCCCCCCGGGGCUGGCCCCACAGCGCCUCUCACGACACCCUGCUGCAGCCCGCCCGCGAGGGCUGGGCGCACCGAGCCCGCUCCGACCACAGCCUGGGCCGCUGCGGGCGCUCCAUGGAGGCGCUGGAGCCCGGCGCCCUGCUCUCCCCUCGCCUCGACCGCUCCGCGUGGCCACCCGAGAGGCUCUGCCGAGCCACGGCCGUGGGGCCGCCCGGCACGCACAGCUCCUUCACGCCCCCCUCCUCCUCCUCCUCCGCCGCGCGGGAGCCGGCAGCCCCCGUGCAGAAGCACCCGUCGCAGCCCAACCUGCAGAGCGUGGACGAUUCGGGCUACAUCGGCUACCGGAGCUACAGCCCCUCCUUCCAGCGCCGCACCGGGCUGCUGCACGCCCUGUCCUUCCGCGAUCCAGCUUUCGGUGGCCUCCCAACCUUCAGCAUCACGCAGCGGCCGGCCGCCACGGCAGCCCCGUUCCCGGAAAGGGCAGCCCCCGUUGCCCCCCUGCCUGCUGGCCCCACUCACCCCGGCCCCCUGCUGGCCCCUGAAGCCCCCCAGGAGCAGCGGCUGGAGAGCAGCCGGGUGCCCGAGCAGCACGAGGACCGGAGGGAGGAGGUGGUCCUGCGUCAGAAGCCACCCACGGGCCGCAAGAUGCCGCCCCCCCUGCGGCAGAUGAACUUUGUGUUCCCCGAUGGGGUGAAGGAAACGGACAUUUGCGACCCGCCAGCAGCCAGCAGCAGAGGGGAGAGGCCGGCAGCCGAGCGGUCGGGCCGGCGCGUGGCCCCCUUGGCGGCCCCCGAGGACUCUCUGGCAUCCAUCCCCUUCAUCGACGAGCCCACGAGCCCCAGCAUCGACCUGAAGGCCAAGCACGUCCCUGCCUCCUCCGUCGUCUCCAGUGCCAUGAACUCUGCGCCCGCUGUUGCCACCAGCCCCUCCUCGCCCACCUUCGCCUUUGCCCUGAGCCGGCACUACUCGCAGGACUGCAGCAGCAUCAAGGCCGGCCGCCGCUCUUCCUACCUCCUGGCCAUCACCACCGAGCGCUCCAAGUCAUGCGACGAUGGUCUGAACACAUUUCGGGACGAGGGGAAGAUCCUCAGGAGGAUGCCCAGCCGGGUCCCCAGCCUCCGCAUGCUGAGGAGCUUCUUCACCGACGGGUCUCUGGACAGCCUCGGUACGUCCGAAGACACCCGCUCCAAAAGGCACUCCACCUCUGACCUCUCGGACGUCACGUUCAGCGACGUGAGGAAGGAGGGCUGGCUCCACUACAAGCAGAUCCUCACCAAAAAGGGGAAGAAAGUCGGUGGAGGCAUCCGGCAGUGGAAGCGCGUCUUCGCCGUGCUGCGCACCCACUCGCUGUACCUGUGCAAGGACAGGCGGGAGGCAGUGACCUGCGGCCCGGCCCCAGGUGAGGAGGAGCAGCCGAUCAGCAUCCGAGCGUGCCUGGUGGACAUUUCCUACAGCGAGACCAAGAGGAAGCACGUCUUCCGCCUGACGACCGCUGACUUCUGUGAAUAUCUCUUUCAGGCAGAGGAUCGGGAAGACAUGCUGGCCUGGAUCAAAGUCAUCAGGGAGAACAGCAAGGCCGAGGGCGAGGACCCCGGUUUUGCCAGCCAAGCGCUUAUCAACAAGAAGCUAAACGACUACCGGAAAGUGAGCCCGGCGGGUGCCAAGCCCGACUCCUCGCCCAAGGGCUCCCGUGGGCUGGGGAUCAGAGCCGAGUUCCUAAAGCAGACGGGAACCAGCACACCCCGGUCCCCGAGGCAGGAUGCGGCCGUAAUGAAAGAUGAGAGCAGCUCCCAAAAAGCCCCUUGGGGCAUCAACAUCAUGAAGAAGAACAAGAAAUCUGCCCCCCGCGCCUUUGGCGUGAGGCUGGAGGACUGCCAGCCCGCCCCGGACAACAAGAACGUGCCCCUGAUUGUUGAAGCCUGCUGCAAGGUUGUGGAGGAUCGCGGCCUGGAGUACAUGGGCAUCUACCGCGUGCCCGGGAACAACGCCGUGGUGUCCAGCCUGCAGGAGCAGCUCAACAAGGGAGCCACCGAGAUCAACCUGCAGGACGAGCGGUGGCAGGACCUGAACGUCAUCAGCAGUCUGUUGAAAUCCUUCUUCCGAAAGCUGCCUGAGCCGCUCUUCACUGACGAUAAGUACAAUGACUUCAUCGAGGCCAACCGGAUAGAGGACGCCAGUGAGAGGAUGAGGACGUUGCGGAAGCUGAUUCGGGACCUGCCAGGUCACUACUACGAGACGCUCAAGUUCCUGGUGGGCCACCUGAAGACCAUUGCGGACCACUCGGAGAAGAACAAGAUGGAGCCCCGAAACCUGGCCCUGGUGUUCGGCCCCACGCUGGUGCGGACGUCUGAGGACAACAUGACCGACAUGGUGACGCACAUGCCCGACCGCUACAAAAUCGUGGAGACCCUCAUCCAGCACUCAGACUGGUUCUUCAGCGACAAGGAGGACAAGGGCGAGAAGACCCCCGUGGACGAGAAGGAGGCGCAGUCUGUGCCCAACAUCGAGUACCUGCUGCCCAACAUCGGCAGGACCGCGGCGCCCGGCGAUGCCUCAGACUCAACCCACAGCGGCUCUGCCAAACUGAAGGGCACGUGGCCGUCGCGCAAGGAGCCGUCGCACCGAGAGCUCCUCGCCAUCCCCUUCAUCUCAGCCGUCAACCGCAAGAGGAAGAAGCGGCGAGAGGCCGAGGGCUUCAGCAGCAGCACCGAUGACGACGUGGAGCACAGGGACACCAAGGGCCAGGAGCAGGAGGAUGAGGAGGCCAUGGCUGCCACGCCAGGGCCUGGCAAAGCUCCCUACGGCCCUGGCACUGAGCUGGCAGCCCCCAGCCUGGCGGGGCCGGAGCACGAGAGCGCCUUGGAGCCCGGGGGCAGUGGGGCCGAGCCGGCGCUGGACGCCCGCUCCAUCGUGUCGGGCUACUCCACCCUGUCCACCAUCGACCGCAGCCUGUGCUCCGAGGUGCAGUCGGUGGCCGAGAGCCGCGGAGAGGAGGCGGACGACGAGCGCAGCGAGUUCAGCCACGUGGAGACGGACACGGAGAGCCGGGAGGGUGCCCGGGCCAGGCUGGGGCAGGUGGAGGGGGGCGCAGGGGGCGAGGACAAGGUGCCCCCCGGGCGCCCAUCCUUCAACUCCCACCGCCUCAUCCAGUGCGACACGCUGGCCCGCAGGAAGCUGGGGCGGCCCCGGCCGGCCGGUGAGACCCCAGUGCCUGCCGGGGAGGGCCAGGGUGGCUGGGCCCCCCCCGGCCGGCCCUCACUGCGGGAGCAGCUCCGGCAGCGCCUGCGCGCCUCGGCUGACGACAUGGGGGUCCGCCUGCGCCGAGCCCACUCCCCAGAGACGCGCCGCAAGAAGAGCAGCUGGCGCCGGCACACCGUGGUGGUGCCCGGCGGCCUCAAGGACCUCAACUUCAACGAGUGGAAGGAGCCGCGUGGGGGCCUCGAUGUCCCCCCAGGGCCCUGCCGUGACAAGGACUCGGGGCUCAGCAGCCUGGAGUCCACCAAAGCCCGGCCCACGGCGCCCAGCCCGGCCCAGCCCAGUGGUGCCACCAAAGCACCCAGCACCAAGAGCCCCCCAGGCAGCCCUGGCCCCCCAGCUCCUGGCCCUGUGCCCCCCCUGCGCUUUCCCCAGUGUCUCUGA